GGUCUCGCGUGGCCGUCCGAGAGCGACAGGUUUUUUGAGUCUCUGCUGGAACAUGCGAGUCUGCGUCUGACGGAGUGUGUGUGUGUGUGUGUGCUGUUGAGACGGUGUGUUGUGUUCCUCAGAGACCCCGGAGACAUGUCGUGUGUGUUGCGCUGUGUGAACUUCUCCUCGCUGCGCCGGCCGGGGAGGAGAUUCUUCCAGACCUCCUCAGUUCUGUGUGAUCAACAGGCUGUUAAAGGUGUGCGGUAUAGAGACGUGCAGGUGGGAGUCCCUAAAGAGAUCUUCCAGCAGGAGCGGCGGGUGUCCGUGUCUCCCGCGGGUGUGGAUCUGCUGGUCAAGCAGGGCUUCAGGGUCCAUGUGGAGUCCGGCGCCGGACACGAGGCCAAGUUCUCUGACGAUCAGUAUCGGGCCGCCGGAGCGCAGAUCACCGACACCAGGGGGGCGUUCGAGUCAGAUCUGGUCCUGAAGGUUCGAGGCCCGGUGUUCAGCGAGGGCUUGCGUGUUCACGAGUGUGAUCUCCUGAAGCCCGGAUCGACCCUGGUGAGCUUCAUCUACCCGGCGCAGAACCAGGAUCUGAUGCGGCUCCUCGGCGGCCGGCGCUGUUCAGUGCUAGCGAUGGACCAGGUGCCGCGCGUCACCAUCGCUCAGGGCUACGACGCUCUCAGCUCUAUGGCCAACAUCGCAGGGUAUAAGGCGGUGGUUCUCGCAGCCAAUCACUUCGGUCGGUUCUUCACGGGUCAGAUCACAGCGGCGGGGAAAGUUCCUCCAGCGAAGGUGCUGGUCAUCGGUGGGGGUGUGGCGGGUCUCGCUGCGGCUGGAGCUGCUAAAGCAAUGGGCGCCAUCGUCAGAGGAUUCGACACCAGACCGGCAGCUCUGGAGCAGUUCAAGUCGUUCGGCGCGGAGCCGCUGGAAGUGAACAUUGCUGAGUCGGGCGAAGGGGUCGGAGGUUACGCUAAAGAAAUGUCCAAAGAGUUCCUGGAGGCCGAGAUGAGACUGUUCGCCAAACAGUGCAAAGAAGUCGACAUCGUCAUCACCACUGCUCUGAUACCUGGUAAAACGGCUCCAGUGCUGAUCAAGCGUGAGAUGGUGGAGAGCAUGAGGGACGGGUCGGUGGUGGUGGAUCUGGCGGCGGAGGCCGGAGGAAACAUCGAGACCAUUAAACCUGGACAGCUUUACGUCCAUCAGGGUGUGACGCACAUCGGCUUCACGGAUCUGCCCAGUCGGAUGCCCACACAGGCCAGCUCGCUUUACUCCAACAACAUCAUCAAACUCCUGAAGGCCAUCAGCCCCGAUAAAGAGUUCUUCCACUUCGAGCCGAAGGAGGAGUUCGAUUACGGCACGCUGGAUCAUGUGAUCAGAGGGACUAUGGUGAUGAAGGAAGGUCGGAAUCUGUUUCCCGCUCCGCUUCCCAAAACCAGCCCGCCGCCGCCUCCCGUGAAACACAAGAGCGUGGCGGAGCUGGAGGCCGAGAAGCGGGCCGUCGUCUCACCCUUCACUCGCACCAUGACAUCAGCCGGCGUCUACACAGCAGGUCUCUCGACCGUGUUGGCUUUGGGAGUCGCGUCCCCCAAUGCCGCCUUCACUCAGAUGGUGACGACCUUUGGCCUUGCAGGAAUUGUGGGAUAUCACACUGUGUGGGGCGUUACUCCCGCUCUGCACUCGCCACUCAUGUCAGUGACCAACGCCAUCUCAGGUCUGACAGCAGUGGGUGGGCUGGUUCUGAUGGGUGGAGGUUUGACUCCAUCGUCUCUGCCUGAGUCUCUGGCUCUCCUCGCUGCGUUUGUGUCCUCCAUCAACAUCGCAGGUGGUUUCCUGAUCACCCAGAGGAUGCUGGACAUGUUUAAGAGGUCGACGGAUCCUCCGGAGCACAACUAUCUGUACUCGCUGCCCGGACUGGUAUUUGUGGGCGGAUACGGUGCGACACUGACCGGCGGGUACAGCAUCGAGCAGAUGAUGUACCUGGGCUCGGGUCUGUGCUGUGUCGGAGCUCUCGCUGGUCUCUCCACGCAGCGCACCAGUCGUUUGGGGAACGCGCUGGGAAUGAUCGGGGUGGCAGGAGGAGUGGCAGCCACUCUCGGCGCUGCGAAUCCCUCACCCGAGCUCCUGGGGCAGAUGUCCAUUGCCAUGGCAACAGGUGGAACUCUGGGUCUGACCAUCGCCAAGCGCAUCGAGAUGUCAGAUCUGCCUCAGCUGGUCGCUGCGUUCCACAGUCUGGUGGGUCUGGCGGCAGUUCUGACGUGUGUGUCCGAGUUCAUGAUCGAGCAGCCGCACCUGGACGUGCACCCGGCGGCCGGCGUGCUGAAGAUCGUGGCGUAUCUCGGCACUUACAUCGGCGGAGUGACCUUCAGCGGCUCCCUGGUGGCCUACGGGAAACUACAGGGUCUGUUGGACUCGUCUCCUCUGAUGCUGCCGGGCCGGCACAUGUUGAACGCGGGUCUGAUGGCGGCGUCGGUGGGCGGGAUGAUUCCCUUCAUGCUGAGCGACAGCUUUAACACCGGCAUGGGCUGCUUACUGGGCGUCUCGGGCCUCUCCACUGUCAUGGGAGUGACGCUCACCGCAGCCAUCGGAGGAGCUGAUAUGCCGGUCGUGAUCACGGUGUUGAACAGUUACUCAGGAUGGGCUCUGUGUGCCGAGGGCUUCCUUCUGGAGAACAACCUGAUGACCAUCGUCGGCGCUCUGAUCGGCUCGUCCGGCGCAAUCCUGUCCUACAUCAUGUGUGUGGCCAUGAACCGCUCGCUGCCGAACGUGAUCCUCGGAGGAUACGGCACCACGUCCACCGCCGGCGGGAAACCCAUGGAGAUCGUCGGCACACACACCGAAGUCAACGUUGAGCAGACGAUCGAGAUGAUCAAAGAGGCCAACAGCAUCAUUAUAACACCUGGCUGGGGUUUGUGCGCGGCCAAGGCUCAGUAUCCCAUCGCUGACAUGGUGAAGAUGUUGAAGGAACAGGGCAAGACUGUGAGGUUUGGGAUUCACCCGGUGGCCGGACGGAUGCCCGGACAGCUCAAUGUGCUCUUGGCCGAGGCCGGCGUCCCGUACGACGUGGUUCUAGAGAUGGACGAGAUCAACGAUGAUUUCCCAGAAACUGACCUGGCGCUCGUGAUCGGAGCCAAUGACACCGUCAACUCCGCAGCGCAAGAAGAUCCGAACUCUAUAAUCGCUGGGAUGCCGGUGCUGGAAGUGUGGAAGUCAAAGCAGGUGAUCGUGAUGAAGCGCACUUUGGGUGUGGGAUACGCUGCGGUCGAUAACCCCAUUUUCUACAAGCCCAACACCUCCAUGCUCCUGGGAGACGCCAAGAAGACCUGCGACAGUUUACAGGCCAAAAUAAGAGACGCCUUUUACUAACGAGAGUGCAAGAAAUCAUUUAUUGUCAAACACACAUUAAAGUGCCUUAGAAAUCCAAUCAGUGAAUGUUUCAGCAUUCUGGGAAUAUGCAUGCGGCCUUUGACUUGUAAAUAAAAAAUACUUAAAUCUCA